AUGCCUCAGAUUUCAAAUACUCCAGAAUCUUUGCUUCCUCGCUCAGAUUCUCGAAACCCAGCGACAACAUGUAGAGGCAUAACCGCCCAAGGCCGGCCCUGCCGCCGCUCUUUAGCCUCUCCAAAUCCAUCGGCUGCUUCUACCCCUCGAAAGAAGGAUCCUCGCCAAGAAGCUAUAGAUGUGGCAUCUUUGUACUGCUGGCAGCACAAGGAUCAAGAUUCUUCGUCGAAUUCAUAUACGACUGUUAUCACCCCGGCUAAGACGAGGACGAGCAUCGAUACACUAAUGGAUCGACUGGGUGUGCUCGAAAUAAAUGAUGAUCCAGUCUCCCAAAGGCCAAAGCCUCCCCAGAAACGGCGGACAAAUCAAAGUAGGCCGAGUGAGAAGCGUCGGCCGAAGAAAAAGACCACUUUCUGUUGCUUCCAGAUCGUCGAGGAUAGCGGCGAAGAUGACAGGCCCACCUCAGUUCAACGGCCCAAACCCCCUCCCCCGGCAAAUGGCGGUUCGAACCAAAAGAUCAAACUGCCUGCCUCUGCCGGAAAGCCGCAGCAUGUAGUAGUGUCACCCACUCCUCAAACAUCCCGGCCAUCUUUGUCAAACACGGGUGAUCCUUCUUCCUCGCAAACACAAGCCUUAUUAUCGUGGAUCCCGUCGACGCUCUCCCCACAGACAACAUCGAUUCUUAUCACAGAACUGGCCAAACCCAUCUCCAACGCCGAUGACGAAGGCUAUAUCUAUAUGUUCUGGGUGACACCUCCAACAACUACCACACAGCGGAGCGCUGAAACCGCAGUACCGCGAGACAUAGCAUCUUCCCUGCUACCCCAAGCCCCUCAAAGUAGCAACCACCUCCGCCCACCCACCCAGCCGCGCAGCGUCAGCGACGCAAUCCGUGCAGCACAAGACCUCAACGCUCUCACUUCCAACCCAACAUCAACAACGCCCGGAACGCUCAGGCUGAAAAUUGGACGCACGAGCAAUGUGCACCGUCGACUCGCAGAAUGGAGUAAACAGUGCUCAUACGACUUGACUUUGAUCCGUUAUUACCCUUACACACCAUCGUCUUCUUCCUCCUCCCCUGCUAGGGUGCCGCCAUCCCACAAUAGCCGGAACAGGGCCCCUUCGGCCUCUUUAGUACCAGGAAGGAAAGUCCCGCAUGUGCACCGUGUGGAACGACUCAUUCACCUAGAGCUGGCGGCCCUACGUGUGCGAGACUUAGGACAGUGUCCUGAGUGUGGGAAGGAGCAUCGGGAAUGGUUUGAGGUCGAGGCGGCGAAGGAGUCGCUAAAAAGGGUGGAUGAGUGUAUUCGACGAUGGGUCUCCUGGGCCGAGUCGAUGACUUGA